CACGGCAGGAAACCAAGGAAGGGGGAGCAAUACCACAAUGAUGCCGAGCCCACCAUGACAGAGAGACAGUGAAAGAGAGAGAGAGAGAGACAGUGGCUCAGAGAGGUGUGUGCUGCGUUACAGCCUCUGCACUGCAGCUCUGUGAAAGGGAGGUUGGUUCAGGGUUGCUGAGAGGAACACCUGGCGCCCUGCCGCUGAGUAAUGAGGAUGGGUUUACCGGGGAGACAACGCAGAAAACACUGGCCACUAAGAGAUUGUGGAAGCUGAGGCAAACUCAGGACCGUGACAUCAGCGGGUGACACCCAUCCCAGGGUGCCCUGCUUCUGGAGUUGCCAUGGGAGACGGGGUGGAGCCUGAGAAUCGGGCCCAUGCUCUGUUUGAUGACUUUGUUCAGGCGUCCACAUGCAGGGCGACUCUUCGUGCCUUCAGCCAGCUGUGUGAGCACCUACAGCUCGCACACACACACUCUCACACACACACCCUGCCUCAGCCUCUCUACCACACACUCAAAGCCCGCCUCAGCUACUGGAGGGCCAACGCACUGUGGGCCAAACUAGACAAGCGAGCAGCUCACCUGGAAUACAUGAAGGGCCGGGCCUGUGCCAACACCACGUGUGUGAUCAUCGGAGCGGGACCCUGCGGGCUGCGUGCAGCCGUGGAGCUGGGUUUCCUAGGGGCUCGGGUGGUGCUGCUGGAGAAGAGAGACGCCUUCUCCCGGAACAACGUUCUCCACCUCUGGCCUUUCACCAUACACGACCUCCGGGGCCUCGGCGCCAAAAAGUUCCACGGAAAGUUCUGCGCUGGAUCAAUUGACCACAUCAGUAUUCGCCAGCUGCAGCUGGUACUGUUGAAGGUGGCUCUGCUCCUGGGGGUGGAGGUUCAUGUUAACGUGGAGUUCAAGGGGCUGCUGGAGCCACCUGAAAAUCAGCAGAAACACAGUAAGAUCUGA